GUUCCCCGCAGUUUUGUUUUUGAGGCUUCUCAAGUUUUGUUGCACUGUUGUUGUCGCGUUGUUCGGCGUUAAUCUUGGACCAUGGAGCAGGCACCAGAAAAAACGAAAUCCGAGCCUGUUGUUGCUGUACGACCGGUAUUUCUUAGGAUGGUGAGCGGGGACGGUACUCCGCGCAGGUUCCACGAUGAUGAGGAUGAGACGGGAAGUCAGGAUUCGAGUGCCAUAAGUUUAGAAGAGAUUGAGGGACGAAAGAAGUCAGAGUGGUAUCGGCGCAGCGGGCCAAGUUCAUGGCGCAGUGACUUGAGCUGGUGGUGUGGAUUGCCAUCAAGAGAUCGCGAAGAGUCAGUACCAGAGAGGAGAGCAAGAAGAAGGCGCUGUUGUCAAAGAGUAGGAGUCGUAGUCGUUGUUUUGGCGAUAUUCGGCGUCAUUGCCGGAGUUGUGUAUGUAUCCUUCGUCACCACACUAAGACGUCGUCUUGCCCCUCCACCAGGCCAUAGCGGACUGCAACACAUUGUUGAGACCUGGAAAGAGCCGGACUCGAAGGGCGCAUUCAAAUUCGAUUGGAGAGAUGAUUUCAGCCGCGACAUUGUCCCAAAAAACUGCCACUCGCACAACGAUUACUGGCGCGCCGUUCCGCUCUAUGCAGCUCUCGCGGUGGGCUGUGUGAGCGUCGAGGCAGAUGUGUGGUUGACCGAAGAAAAGGAGCUGCUUGUUAGUCACUCGUGGAAAUCCACGAAAAGAGUGCGAACGUUAAGAAGCUUAUACCUCGAUCCACUGACCAACAUUUUCGAAAACCGAAACGUGUCUGCAGCAUCAACAGAAGACAGGGAGACUGGCCUUUUCGAAUCCGAUCCGAAUAUCUCCACGAUCCUACUCAUCGACUUCAAAUCCAAGGGCCGUGAGAUAUGGCCAGUCCUCCUCUCGCAACUCCAACCGCUCCGCGACAGAAACUGGCUCACGUACUAUGACGGCGAGAAACUGAUCCAGGGACCGUUGACUGUCGUGGGCACGGGGAACACACCAUUCGAUCUGGUGCAGCAAAACGCUACCAACCGCUUCGUCUUCUUCGACGCCCCUUUGCUCUCCAUCUCCGACGCCAAAUACAACGCUACUAAUAGCUACUACGCUUCCACCAAUAUCAAAUCGGCAAUCGGUAGAAUCUGGACGAUGAACGGGCUAUCUCGCAAGCAAUUUGACACGAUCAAAGGCCAAGUGGAUGCCGCGCAAGAGAAGGGCUUGAAGAGUCGGUACUGGGAUACACCGCCUUGGCCGAUUUCGCUGAGGGACAGCGUGUGGCGGACGCUGAUGGAUGCUGGUGUUGGCAUGCUCAAUGUGGAUGAUCUGAUCAGUGCGACAAGAUGGAACUGGGGAUGGUGUGUUAUUGCUGGACUCACACUUUGCGGGAACAGCUAAGUGUGCAGACUGAGGAAUGUGCAUUUCUCUUCUUGUAAAAUUAUCUCGGGAGGACGGAAGGUUUGCAUUGCAUGAGAGCAUGGAGUUCUGGAGUCGUGAAAGCAUAUUGCACAGCAACUUGGGGGAAGGAAAUGGGAAAUGCUCCAUUUUUACGAAGUUAUGAUUUGUAGAUGGAUCGUCGCCAUGGUAGUUGGAAAUCAAGCGGGGACGCAAAUCUUGAUACAUUAUACUCUUUCCUUAUGCAUACGCUUCCAUGUAUGAGUUUUGUGGGGAACGUUUUGACGAUCUCCAAUAUGUGAGCCGUAGCUGUGGGUAGCUAGUGCGUGUUUUGAUGACUGUGG